AUGGGAGGGAGGAAGAAGCUUCACUCUAACAAAACUAAUCAGGAAGGUUUGUCAUCUUCUUCUGGUAAUCAAAAUCGGUCGAAUAAUGCCAUGAGAGGGGUUGGGGGUCUGAGCUCGACCUCUGGGUUGAAUUUUGGGUUUCCCCCUUCAACUGGAUUUCAAGCUGCUUCUUCUAUGGAGAUGUUACAGGAGACAACAGCGGCACGCAUAAGGAGAGUAGCUCUUUCUCUUGAACGUAGUAUUGAGAAUCAAGCUAGAGGGGAGGAGAUUGUUGAUACCUCUAAUAUAGAUCCAAAAUUCCUUCCUCAUCCAAGUACUGGACCUGUCACUCGUGAGUUGCUUGAGGUGAUUGCGGAGUAUCAGAGAGCUUCUGGUCAGCAUGCUCCAGUUAAUCGGAGAUUGGAGAUGGAACAACCUGAGAAGCCUCCGUCGUGGUCCUCUGUUGUUGCAGGGUCGAAACUUGCAGGUAAAGGAGUUCCUCUCUCUUUUAUUGCUCCUGUUAUUAAGGAUGGAAAGAAAGUGAUUAAGUUGCAACCCUCAGAAUUGGAUAAAUUGAAUGAGCACUGGCAGCAAUCUAUUGUGUUGUAUGUUGUAGGAUAUACCCCUACUAUAGCUUCUUUGUCUAAGUAUGUUGCUGCAAAUUGGUCUUAUGUGAGCACGCCUAAGAUUUUUCUUCAUGAUGAUGGAUAUUUUGUGGUGAAAUUCAUGUCUAUGGAUGAUAAGAAUGCAGUGUUAGCAGAUGGUCCACACCUCUUCUUUGGCAAGGCCAUGAUUAUUAAGCCAUGGAAGGCAAACUUUGAUUUCUGUGAAGAAAUUCUUAGGGUGAUUCCCAUUUGGGUGAAGUUCCCUAAUCUUCCUCUCAAUUGUUGGAGUUCUGACUCGUUGAGUAGGAUAGGUAGCAGCUUGGGUGUUCCUUUAUUUGUUGAUGCUUGCACAACUAGACAGGACAGAAUCUCUUUUGCCAGGGUUUUAAUCGAAAUGGAUGUCACUUUGGCAUUGCCUGAUUGUGUCUGGAUAGAAGAUGAGCUAGGUAAACUGAUGAAACAACAGGUUGGGAAACCUAAGAGAGUAUGGGUGCCAAAGAAGGUUCAACCAGUGAACCCUGUUACUGCUGCUGCUCAAGUUGUCACUCCUUGUAAUCAAGGUCUUCCUACUCCAGACUCAAACACUGGAUGGAAGGUUGUUACCAGGAAGACUCAGAGCAAGGGAGGUGGUACAGCUGUGGGAGUAGAGAACUCUUUUUCUGUGUUGGAACAAGAGUCUGAUGAGGACUUAUCUGAUUGUGAGGGAGAUGAGAAUGUUGGGAAUGGGGUAGUUGGUUCUGGAAAAGAUCCUCCUAAAUUCCUAAUCCAUGAAUAUCUGAGGUUCCUUAAUAAUCAUAGUAUUCAUGUAGUAGCUUUAUUAGAAACAAGAGUAAGGCUUGGAAAUAAGGAGAAGGUUCAGAAGAGAUUUGGGGGGGUGUGGACUUGGUUCUGCAACUAUCCUCACUCUCCAAAAGGUAGAAUAUGGGUUGGUUGGAGGACUGCUGAUGUGGACUUACAGAUUCUUAGUAGUUCCUCUCAAAAUGUUCAUUGUUGGAUCCACACUAAGGACCAUAAAUUUUCUUCUUUCUUUACUGCUGUUUAUGGCUUGCAUAGUGUUGGGCAUAGGCAAGCUUUGUGGGAUGAGUUGAACCAUCUGAGUACUAGCAGUUCAGCUAGUCCUUGGCUGGUUGCUGGUGACUUCAAUUCUAUCCUUUAUUCUGGGGAUAGAAUUAAUGGAAAUGCUGUGAGUAAUGCAGAAACUAGGGAUUUUAAUCAAUGUAUUUCAGAUUGUGACCUAAAUGAACUGCAUAGCACUGGAUGGUUUUUUUCUUGGUCUAGCAAGGGUACAGAUGACCCUAGAGUAUGGAGCAGGAUUGACAGGGCAUUUGGAAACAUGAAGUGGAUGGACUCUUUUUCUGAGUUGUCUACUAAAUACUUGAAUCCUUCCUUAUCUGAUCAUUCUCCUAUUAUCAUUCCUUGCAUUACUAACCCUUCUUCUGGUGGGAGACCUUUCAAAUUUUUGAACUAUUUAGCAGAUCACUCCUCUUUUGAGAAUAUUGUGGGUGAGUGUUGGAAUAGUGAGGAUAGGGGUAGACCAAUGGCUCAAAUCUGGUUUAAGCUGAAUAGAGUUAAGCACAAGCUAAAGGUUUUACAUAAGGAGGAGUUUUCUCAUACAGCUGAGAAAAUUGAGUAUUAUAGAAGUGAGUUAGACAAUCUGCAAACUCAGAUGAGGAGUGAUAACAGUCCUCACUUGCUUAGUACUGAAAAAGAGCUUAUUUGCAAUCUCAGAAAGUGGUUAGCUAUUGAAGAACAAGCUCUUAAGCAGAAGUCUAGGGUUCAGUGGGUUAAAGUGGGAGAUUCUAACCACCAGUUCUUUUACUCUUCUAUGAAAGAGAGAUUCUGUAUAAAUAAAGUGCAUCUGCUUCAUGGAGAUGGGGGAGUGGAGAUCACUGAUCUUACUGAGAUUCAGUCCAAGAUCAUUGAUUUCUAUAAACAGCUUCUGGGUUCAGCUGCUUCUUCUCUGCCUGGCUUGGAUGUGCCUACUAUCAGAAAUGGAAAUGUCUUAUCUUCUGAUUCUAGAGCUUUGCUUUGCUUGCCUGUUACUGUAGGUGGAAUUGAUGAUGCUUUGGCUAGCAUUGACUCUUCCAAAGCCCCAGGUUUGGAUGGUUUCAACUCAUUCUUUUUUAAGAAAAGUUGGCCUAUUAUAAAACAUGAUAUUUAUAGAGCAGUGAUGGAUUUCUUUGAUUCUGGUUUUCUGUAUGGCAAGUUUAACUGUACUGCAGUGACUUUGGUCCCUAAAGUCCCAUGUCCUACUUCUGUUGCUCAGUUUAGGCCCAUUGCUUGUUGUUCUACCAUGUACAAGAUUAUUUCUAAAAUCUUGACUGCUAGGCUUCAAAGGGUGGUGUCUGAAGUGGUUUCUGAAUAUCAAGCUGGUUUUGUGCCAGGUAGGAACAUAUCUGAUAACAUUAUUGUUGCAACUGAGCUGAUUAGGGGAUAUAAUAGGGCUCAUAUGUCCCCUAGGUGUAUGGUUAAGGUAGAUUUGAGAAAAGCAUAUGAUUCUGUUGAAUGGCCUUUUCUCUUCAUGGUGUUACAGGAGCUUGGCUUCCCUGGGCAGUUCAUUCAGUGGGUGCACUCCUGUGUUACUUCUGUGAGCUAUUCAAUUCUUGUUAAUGGCAAACCUAUGCUGCCUUUUCCUGCAAAGAAAGGCCUUAGACAAGGGGACCCUCUCUCUACUUUCUUGUUUGCCAUUUGCAUGGAGUAUCUGAGUAGAUGUAUGAAGAACUUGGCUACCAAUCCUGAUUUCAAUUAUCAUCCUAAAUGUGAGAAGAUCAAGCUCACUCAUCUCAUGUUUGCAGAUGAUUUGUUGUUUUUUGCUAGAGGUGACAUUAUCUCCCUGCAGCUUAUGUUUAAAGCUUUUUCCUGUUUUUCUCAAGCUUCUGGGUUGGUAGCUAAUAUGGAGAAAACUGAGAUCUAUUUUUCUGGUGUUCCUCAGUGGGAACAAGAUGCAAUUAUGGUUUCUCUUGGUAUUUCUAAAGGCAGUCUUCCUUUUAAAUACUUAGGAGUUCCACUUUCUAGUGCCAAACUUACCAUUAACCAGUGUAAACCUCUCAUUGAUAAAUUCUACUCUAGAGUUUCUUCUUGGGUUGCUAAGAAAUUGUCCUAUGCUGGAAGGUUACAGUUGGUGAAGGUGAUCUUGUUUAGCCUUCAAACCUACUGGAGCCAAAUAUUUAUGCUCCCAAAAAAGGUUCUCAGAGAGAUAGAAAGAAUUUGUAGGACCUAUCUGUGGACUGGUGACACCAAAACCUCUAGGAAAGCUCCCAUUGCUUGGGAUUCAGUGUGUAAACCUAGAGUUGCUGGUGGGCAAAAUGUGAAAAACUUCUAUCUUUGGAACAAAGCUGCUAUUCUGAAGCUUUUGUGGGCUUUGGCUUUCAAACCUGAUGCUCUAUGGGUUAAAUGGGUCAAUGCAUACUAUAUCAAGGGCAAGGAUUUGUUCACCAUGGCUCUGCCAGGUUCUGCUUCCUGGGUUCUUAAGAAGAUUUGGGGGUGUAGAGAUUUGCUGAAAAGGGAUCCUAUGUGCAAGCAACUGUUUUUUGCUACUGGUGGUUACUCUAUCAAGAAGAUGUACCUAUGUUUGUUGGGUCAGUUUCCUAAAGUUCAGUGGAGGAGAGUGGUUUGUAAUAACUUUGCUAGCCCUAAGAGUCUUUUCAUUUUGUGGCUAGCUGUUCAUGGGAGGCUUUCUACCAAAGACAGACUCUUGCAGUGGGGCAUAGUUACUGAUGGUGUUUGCAGUUUAUGUGGUGUUGAUCCAGAAUCAGUGCAGCACUUGUUCUUUCAGUGUUCUUAUGCUAGACAAGUCUGGCAGAAAUUCCUGCAGAUUCUAAAUAUCAAUAGGAGCAGCCAAGCUUUUGAUCAGGAGCUCCAUUUUGCUAUGAGGAUGAGUAAAAAAUGCACUGCUGUGAGCAAACUUCUCCUUGCUGGUUUUGCUGAAGCAGUCUAUUGCCUGUGGAUUCAAAGGAAUCAAAGAGUCUUUGCUGGUCAUGUUCAAUCAGCUGAGCAAAUUGUUAAAGAAAUUGUGUUUAAGGUUGCUUGCAGAUGUAGAGAUUCAGACAUUGCUUUGUUGCUGUAUUAG